CGCGACUCAACGCAGGUCUUUACCACCAGCGCCAACAAGAUGCCUCCAGAAACCGAUUCGAGACAGGAUAAACAAGCCAAUGCUGCUCAAGCACGGCAAGUUAUUGAUAUCUUCCACGAAAUUUCCACCCUCCUGAACGCAGAUCUUGACCGGCAAACUCUGUCUAUCUGCAUAUCCCUGAUAGAAAACGGCGUCAAUCCGGAGGCACUCGCAUCUGUUAUCAGAGAGCUCAAGAAGGACGCUGAUGAGGCGCGCAGAGAGUCCCAGUCCGGAAGUCAUGGAUGAGUCUGGAGGCGUACCGUGGUAUGAGUGUAACUGCAUGUAAUUAUCGAUUUUGGGCGUUAAUACCAGGGCAACAGCUAUGGCAGCGAAGAAAUUACGAAGCUUCUUUUGGCAAAAGUUGGGAUACCAAAGCAUGCC